AUGAAAACAGAUUUAUUUUCGGUAUUAUCUAGGGAUUUAAAUGAAUUAUUUAAUGAUCAUGAAGAACAAAAUGUCGUAAUACAAGUUGGUGAUGAAGUAAAUUAUAAAGAAUUUUAUGCUCAUUCAAUUAUUUUGAGAGCAAGAUGUAAAUAUUUUAAAUCAGGAUUAUCUUGCGAUUGGGUAAAAAGAGAAGGGAAUCGAAUUAUUUUUAAGAAACCUAAUAUUACUCCUGAAGUUUUUGAAGUUAUUUUGAAGUAUAUAUAUAGUGCUACUAUAUCAUAUGAAAAGUAUGAUGUGAUGCAUUUAUUGGAUGUAUUAGUAGCAGCUGAUGAAUUAUUAUUAUCAGAAAUGGCGGAAUCUAUACAAGAAUAUUUAUUAAAUCAUAAAGCAGACUGGUUACAAAAAAAUUUUACAACAUUAUGGAGAAAAAGUCGAGAAUUUGAUUGGUGUGGUAAAGUACAAGAAUGUUGUCAAUCUAUAGUAUGUAAUGAACCGCAUUGUUUAUUCGAAUCACCAGAAUUUUUAACAUUAGAAGAAAAUUUAGUUAUCGCAUUUUUGAAAUUAGAUAAUUUAAUAAUGGAAGAGAUUGAAAUUUGGAAUUAUUUAUUAAAAUGGGGUAAAGCACAAAUUCCACCAAAAGAAGAUGGAAGUCCAGCAAUUGACGAUUGUGAACGUAAUUGGAGCGAAAAAGAUAUUAAAGCAUUAGGUGAAGCAUUAAAAGGAUGUAUACCACAUAUAAGAUGGUUUCAUAUUGAACCAAGUGAAUUAUUUAAUAAGAUUUGGCCAUUAAAAGAAAUUUUUCCUCAGGAUUUAUUAGAAGAAAUUUUUAGACAUCAUUUUACCCCUAAUUUACCAAUAGAUUCUUCUACAUUUGUUUAUUAUAAGCCACAAAGACCUCUCCCAUUCGAAUCAACUAUAUUGCAACAACAUCAUAUUGCUAAAUUAGCCAAUUGGAUCGAUCGUAAAGAAGGAGAUAAUCUUUAUACGUAUUUUACAAUGCCAUAUAAUUUUAAAUUACUUGUAAGAGGAAGUAGAGAUGGAUUUGGCAGCGGAACUUUUCAUGAUAAAUGUGAUUCAAAAGGUGCAAGUAUAGUAGUUAUGAGAAUUAGGGGUACAAAUGAAAUUUUAGGUGGUUAUAAUCCUGUUCAUUGGAUGACGGGAAAUGGUCACCUUACAACUGAAGACAGUUUUAUAUUCAAUUUGGGUAGAACCCCACCUGAUAACAAUGUUGAAGAGGGAUUAUCACCUUAUACAUGGUAUAAUUUAAAUGGAGUUAAAAUUAGUAGACCAAGAAGACCCGAAUACGCUGUUAGAAUUAAAGAUAGAACCUGUGGACCUUGUUUUGGUGAUAAAGAUUUAUGGAUGACAAGUAAUUUUAAUGAAGAUGAAAAUUGCUCAGCUGUUAAAGAUGAUUAUGAUUUUGAAAUUACUUCCACAGAAAAAUUUGCGGUGGACGAAUAUGAAGUUUUUCAAGUUUUAAAGAAAGUGGUUAUUAAAGAUGCAUCAAAUUCCGUUACGACGAAUAAUAAUGAAAACGAAAACUUACUAGGAGGAGGAGAUGACGCGACAGUUGAUGCAACGAAUGACGUAGAUGUAGGAACUGUGAAUGAUGUGAAUGAUGUGAAUGAUGAUGGCAUUGAUACAACUAACGCAGCUAUCACAACUAAUACAACUAAUGUAAUAGAAACAACAACAAAUGAUGAUUAUAAUGAUGAUGAUGAUGAUGAUGAUGAUGAUGAUGAUGAAGGGGAGUCUUAA